AUGGCUCGCGCAGCAGAAGCUUACGGUGACCUUCAUCGAGACUAUCAAUGGUGCUCCCUACCCCCACCAUAUGAGGCUCAGCGGGCCGGUGAUAACGGUCCUUUGCUCCUCCAAGACUUCCAUCUUAUCGAUCUUCUGUCUCAUUUCGACCGCGAGCGCAUACCGGAGCGUGUAGUGCACGCCAAAGGUUCAGGUGCCCAUGGAUAUUACAAGACUACCGAUUCCCCCGAGGACCUCUCCAUUGCGGACUUGUUCAAGAGUGACAAGGAAUGCCCUAUCACCAUCCGUUUCUCAACCGUUGGGGGCGAGAAAGGCAGCCAUGAUUGCGCUCGCGACCCUCGCGGGUUCUCCAUAAAGUUCAAGACGGAAGAGGGAAACUGGGAUAUAGUGAUGAACAACACUCCUAAGCGGAACCCGGUUACAAACCUGGGCGGUGCUGAUGAUACCACCAUGUUCUGGGAUUAUCUCUCCCACAACCCCGAAUCGAUCCACCAGGUCAUGAUCCUCAUGGGGGACCGCGGCAUUCCGGACGGAUACCGGUUCAUGCAUGGCUAUUCAGGGCAUACCAUGAAGCUCAUCAAGGAGGAUGGCAGCUGGGUGUAUGCCCAGUUCCACAUGCGGUCGAAGCAAGGCACAAAGUUCCUCACUCAGGAGGAAUAUACGACAAAGUCUCCAGAUUAUAGCCAGAAGGAUCUCUACUACGCCAUUGAGAAUGGUGAUUAUCCGGGCUGGGACCUCUGUGUCCAGACCAUGACACCGCUGCAGGCUGAGGAGGUAUGGGAGCAGCAGAAGAUCAACGUAUUGGAUCUCACACAUAUCUGGCCGCACAAUCAGUUCCCACUCCGUAAGGUGGGUGAAUUCUUCCUCAUCGAGAACGCGAAGAACUACUUCGCCGAAAUCGAGCAAGCGGCAUUCUCCCCAAGCCACCUUGUUCCUGGCAUUGAGCCAUCGGCCGACCCAGUCCUGCAAAGCCGCCUGUUCUCCUAUCCUGACACUCAACGGCACCACCUGGGACCGAACUAUCAACCACUUCCAGUCAACGCACCGCAUGUGCCAUACCGAAUGGCAAACUUUCAGCGGGACGGCCCGAUGGCUUUCUACAACCAAGGUGCCCGUCCGGGCUACCUUUCGUCUAUUGAACCGAUCUCGUUCAAGGACAGGGCGGUGGACCUUAACACCACUCAUGGACACUUCAUCGGGAAAGCUGUCAGCUUUUUAUCCGAGAUCCGUCCUGAAGACUUCAACGGCCCGCGUGCCUUGUGGGAGAAGGUGUUCGACGCAGGCGCUAAGGAGCGUUUCGUCUCCAACGUCGCAGGACAUCUAGCUCGAUGCCAAAAUCAGGAGACAAUUAAACGCCAGAUUGCCAUUUUUUGCGAAGUCAGCGACGAUCUUGCGUUGCGGCUGGAAAAGGCUACGGGUGUUAGGGGCUAUGAUGGGAUCUCAGGCCUGAGAUUCAAUGGAACGCACAACGGUAUGGCGAAGGAUAAAGCGAACCGUUUUGCGAAUGGCCAGACCUCGCUAGUGAGUGUGGACAGUAACGGCAGUCCCGUUGCUGGAACACAUGAAGGUGUGCUGACAAGCUGA